CUGUCCCAGCCAGAAGGAACAUGGGAUGAUAUUUCAUUGGAAGAGACAAAAGGGAAAGUUGCUGAAAGAAGUAGUCAGUUAUGGUGUGUCGUUGAUAGAAGUAGUCAGUUAUGGUGUGUCGUUGAUAGAAGUAGUCAGUUAUGGUGCGUCGUUGAUAGAAGUAGUCAGUUAUGGUGUGUCGUUGAUAGAAGUAGUCAGUCAUGGUGUGUCGUUGAUAGAAGUAGUCAGUUAUGGUGUGUCGUUGAUAGAAGUAGUCAGUUAUGGUGUGUCGUUGAUAGAAGUAGUCAGUUAUGGUGUGUCGUUGAUAGAAAUAGUCAGUUAUGGUGUGUCGUUGAUAGAAGUAGUCAGUUAUGGUGCGUCGUUGAUAGAAGUAGUCAGUUAUGGUGUGUCGUUGAUAGAAGUAGACAGUCAUGA